GUGUUGUUGAUGUAUAUUCAUCAUAAUUUAUAUUUUAUAAACAAAAAUAUAAGAGAAAUAAAAAGGAAUUAAAAAAUAAUGCAAAUUUAUAUAGAUUGUAAAUCCGAGACGGAGUCUGGGGUUCCCGAAUGGGCCAUAGUCGAAGUGCAAGGGCUCAUACAAAUUAAGAAGGAUCAAUCUGGACCAACCGUUGUCGGGGACUUGCAUUUCUUUAAUAGGAACAAACAUCCCGUACUAAUCUUAGGACAUCAUGUUUUGAACGGAAAAGAGAUGAAACUAGAACAGCCAAUGGCAGUUAUUGAAAAAAACGAAAAUAACGGCAAAGUUGAAUAUGCAGUUAAAGCUAUAGUUAAAAAGAAAUUAUUGUUUAAGUCGCGACCGAAACCUAUUAUAUCAAACGUUGCUGAUAGAAUUUGAAAUAAAUUAUUUUUAUAUA